AUGGCGCCUCAACCUCAAUCUCCACCUCCUGUGCCUCCUCCAGUCCCCGUCGAAACUCACCCAAACAGGGCUGGAGGACUAAAGCCGCCGCUUCCACAGCGUGUCCCCCCAGAUCCGACACGCCUCGCUCCGGAGCAUGCCUACGCCCACCCCCAAACGCGCUUGUGGCAAGAUAGCUCAUCUCAUCUACGACCGAUUGAUGGAAUUGUAGCGACAUCCGCAUCUGUCGCUGCUCUCAGACCACCGCCUGCGGUGCCUGGCACCGAGCCUAGAAAGAAUGACAUCCGCAAGUUCCGAGAUGGGCGACGGAAGAAGCGCAAAGGUGUUUGGAAGAAGUUAUUAUGGGUUCGCCAGUCAUAUCCGGACAACUACACAGAUGUCGAGACCUUCCUUGAUCAUCUACAGCGAAACCCACGCCUCCGGCCAUAUGACUUCUGGCCCCUAGUCGCCGAUUCUACGGUUAUUGUUCAACACGUUUGCUCCGUGGUGAUAUUUGUAUGCUGUUUUGUCGGAAUCUUUCAAAGCAGGAUUAGCCCCGUAUCGGUCGUGGGCAGCGGAAGUAUAGGCACAUUACUGGGAUGGGUGCUUUGGGACACUUGGGUGUGGAAGGAGAAGAAUGAGGAAGUAAAGGCCGCACAGUUUGCGGAUUCUGGUGAGGUCGAUGAUGGAUCGAGUGCGAGUUCUACGGCCUCCCAGACACCCGCGGCGGGCCCUCAGACGAAUGAUCAUGUAGGAGGCAACGUGCAUGGUCUGGGCUUAGAUCUCCCUCGUUCAGGCUCGGAAGUUCAUUUGCGGCGCAGGAGCACUGGCAUGAGUGUUGCGUCAUUUCAGUCGAUGACACCAGGCUCUUCUUCGAUCUUGGGGCAGCCAUCCUUUUAUUCCUACGACGACAAUAAGUCAUUGUUAUCUCGGCGCAACGGACAGCGCCUCGCGACUAUCAAAUCGGCACUACUGAUAUACUGCGCGUUGCUCGGGCUUAGUCCCAUUCUAAAAUCACUUACGAAGUCUACCGCCAGCGACUCCAUUUGGGCACUUAGCUGUUGGCUCAUGAUCAUAAACAUCUUCUCCUUCGACUAUGGUAGCGGCGAAGGACAGGCUGACGCUACAAAGUUCCCUGCAUCACUAUCGACUAAUGCCGCCUUAAUGGCAUCAACAGUGUUGGCAUCGCGUCUUCCAUCAACUACACACGUAUUCAGUCUGACUCUAUUCUCAAUAGAAGUAUUCGGCUUAUUUCCCGUCUUUCGCAGACAGUUGCGUCACGUCUCAUGGACGGGUCAUGUUCUUUUAACGUUUGCUCUUGUCCUUGCAGCCGGUGCGGGCGUCGGUACUGCACUGCGCGGCGGCUGGGCUGCUGCGAUUGUCGGUGCGAUUCUUAGUACGAUUCUCACGGCACUGGCGAUGGGCUCGUGUAGUUGGUGGCUUAUCAGCUUGCAAAAAUACAAGAAUGUCGUGAUUGGCCCAUGGGAUCCUGCCAGGCCUAUUAUACGAAGGAAUUGGGAUUGA